GUUGCCGUUCCUGAACGUAACCUCAGUUUAUAUUUGGCUUAAAGGAGACGCAACAAAGCGCACAAAAUGGCUGUGCUCUAGGCCCGGGCGAAUAAGUAGGUUUACUAUAGCUUUAAGAACGCGAAAAUAGUGUCUGCUUCUUUAAAAUGUAUCCGUUUAUUGCGGAAUAGAUAAUUAAGAAAAGUUUUCUAUUUCUAAUCAAUAAAUAUAUGCAUUUAAUUUGCGAGGAAAAUGCCCCACUGUAGGAUAAAGGCCUCUUGCAAUCAACCCGUCUUUAGAACAGAUGUUGUCCUUUUUUCCUCAAAUUGCUUGUAAACCGGCUUGAUUGUAAGCUGAAUUGAAGAAGCCUGAAGUGUUUUCAUGGAGAUGGAACCGGGGAUAGACAGAACCGGUAACGUAAAUAAAGGUAAAGAGUCGACGGAGGACAGGGCCGCAGAAGAGACCCCAGCCACCAGUAGAAACGUCACCCCGCGGAGGGGGCUCAGAGAGCGGGGAGCGGGCCGCCCGAGGUCCGGCGUCUCUGCUUCAGUGACGGACGUUAACGGAGCAGCGUCGAUCCCGCAGAGCUCAGGGAGAGUUUUAAGAGACCGGUCAACGAGGGCAGUCCCGGCCUGGCUGAAGGAUAACAAGAGCGAGGACGAGGAAGACGAACCGAGCCCGGACACCGGUGCUAAUAAGCGGAGGAAAGUUUCCAACCCGAGGCGGAAGAAACAGUCUGAAUCUGCGGGUUUGGCUGAGGCUGGAGGGGAUGUCGCAGGUGACAGCCUUCAAGGGACAGACUCAGAGGAACCAAAGAAACCUGCCACAGAUGCUCAAGCUCUAUCCUCCAGACGCCCCCCAGCCUCGAGCCGUGCCAAGCCCCCGUCUGGCAGAGCUGUGCGCACCUCUGCCAAGCCUGUUUGUAAGACCGAACCUGGGAUGGAGAACCCAGCUGCAAUGGAAGGAGAGAUAAGGAAUAAAGACAAGUGUGAAACUAAAAAUAAGGAUGAGGGAAGCGAGGAUGUUGUUCUACCAGUCUUGGAUGAUGAAGACCCUACAUUUCUGGACGACCCAGAUGACCUUGGCUAUCAACCACAGAGUCAAAGUGGUGCAGAGGAAGCAGAGGGUCUCAGCAGUGAUGAAGAACUUCCUUAUACAGAUGACUUAAAUGACCAGAGUUACGACCCGAAGGAGGAAAGGGAUGUCCCUAAACCAAAGCGCAGAGCUCCUCCUAGACAGAAGGAGAAGAAAGAGAAAGACAAGGCACCUAAAAAAGAGUCCGAGGUUGCUGAGAUAAAAAUAGAAGGUUCGGACAACUUGGAGAGUUUCGAAGAGGAAGUAAAGCUAGAGGAAGAAGUACUGGAGGACCCGGAUGGACCCAGGAAGAGAGGCAGACGGAAAAAAGACGAUAAAACCCCACGGCUGCCAAAGAGAAGGAAGAAGCCCCCGGUGCAGUACGUGCGCUGUGAGAUGGAGGGGUGUGGGACUGUCCUGGCUCAUCCUCGCUACCUACAGCACCAUAUAAAGUACCAGCACUUGCUCAAGAAGAAAUACGUCUGUCCUCACCCUUCUUGUGGAAGGCUUUUCCGACUCCAGAAGCAGCUGCUGCGUCACGCAAAGCACCACACAGAUCAGAGGGACUACAUCUGUGAGUUCUGUGCUCGUGCCUUCAAGAGCUCCCACAACCUGGCUGUGCAUCGCAUGAUCCACACAGGAGAGAAGCCGCUGCAGUGUGAAAUCUGUGGCUUCACGUGUCGCCAGAAGGCCUCUCUGAACUGGCACAUGAAGAAGCACGAUGCCGAUGCCACCUAUCAGUUCGCCUGCUCGAUUUGCGGCAAGAAGUUUGAGAAGAAGGACUGUGUGGUGGCCCAUAAGGCGAAGAGUCACCCCGAGGUGCUAAUAGCUGAGGCUCUUGCAGCCAAUGCGGGUGCCCUCAUAACAACCCCGGCCUCCAUGCUGGAGCUGCCAGGGCCCCAGCAUGCAGAGGUCAGCAGCCGGGAUGUGAGCCAGCUGGUACAGGAUGUGCAGGCGGAUCAUCUGAGUCACGAAGGGCACAUGGCUCAAGUGUCCCAGAUGACCCAACAGGUGAGUCACCAGGUGGUUUUACUGGGACAAGACCAGAGCCUCCACACCAUGCAGGUGCCAGUGACCAUCGCCCUGUCCUCCACCGACCCCCCGUCGCCAGCUGACAACCAGCAGCAAACUCACCUGCAGCUCCAGAUGCCCGUCCAGUUUGUGCAGGCUCAGCAGUCCCAGCAGCCCCAGAUCCAACAGCUGACCCUCCACUCGGGCUCCGUGGUGACCCAGCACCAGCCCCAGCUGCACCCUCUUCAGAUGUACUCACCCCAGCAGCAGAGCCAGACACAAAUCCUCCAAAUGACCUUCCAGCCGGUUGGCCAGUCACAGACACACAUUCAGCAGAUCCCCAUUCUAGCAUCCUCCCAACAGCUUCAGACCCUGAGCCCCCCCCUCAUGUCCCAAUCCCAGUCCCAGGACACAGCCGCAACCAACGGGGACAGCUUUAUUCUGGACAAUGCGGUGCUCUCGUCCUCAUCUCCGCAAGCAGGCUCCCUUGUGCAGACGGGGGUCAUCGGGGAGGACAGUGUGGUCUGGGGGCAGACGGGGGAGAUCCAACAGAUCACCAUGUAAAACAAUAGUGCACAGAAAACAGAGGCAGACUGUCACCAGUGACCUGAUACACUGUAUUGCAAUGUUUAAGGUAAAUGUAGGAUCACCAAUAUAUUAUGGACUGUUCACUUAUAGUCAUAUUUGGUAGCUUUUUAGAAUAACUGUUUCAGGGAAAAGAUAUGUUUGUGUCUGUAUGUGUGAGUUGUUGCCUUUGUACAUAAGUCCUGUCAACUGAACUAGCCUUUUAUGCGAGUGUGUGUAAUGAUGCCGAGGUUAUGUUGCAAAGCCGUUGCUAUUAUGCAAUAAUAUAGCAUACCCCUUAGUAACUUAGAGCACACAACUAGUGUGUGAGUGAUUACACUAUUUAUAUUAUGAAUUAACAUAAAACACACAUUAGAAGCUAUAAACAGACCCCAGUAUGUGUGGGGUGAGAAAACCUUUCAAAUGAAUAGGCAGCUAUUUUUUUCAUUUUUCACUGUAAAGCCUUUAUUUGGCGAGGUUGAACGAAAAAAUAACAAAACUAUCGGACAAAGAUAAACAUUUCAAAACCUGAAAAGGAAUGGACACAAUAUGUUUUACAGUCUUGAUAACAGUCACAAAAUAUGCAUCAUUUAGCUUUAUGGCAGUGUCAUUAAACCCGUUUCACUGGCAGCUGUUUAAGCUUGGCUGUAGACAUUGAAGGAAUAAUAACCCAUAUUAUAUGUAUGUACUACUCGCAUAUAGUAAGCCAGAGGGUGACCUUGCAUAUUGUAACCCUCACAUGAAAUAACAGCAAGCAUAGUCACUGAAUUAGACAAUUAAAAAUAUGUUUUUGUAAAUGACAUUUUCAAGUGUAAUGUUAUUAAAAAAAAACAAGGCUAUGUAGAAACCUUGGAGCAUAUGUUCAUACUAAAUCUGCCCCUCUCUGCUGAGUGAUAUAGGAUGUGUGGUAGAGCAAACAAUGUUCAUUUAUAAGAUGUAAAUAAAUGUCUUAACAUUUA